UCACUACGACCUUUCCGUUCUCAGAGCGCUGGGAUUCGCUUGCGAACGGCCUCGCGAGUGACGCGGCCACGGCAGCCGGCGGCGGCGAUGGCGGUACGCGUGUGCAGAGCCUUGCCCGCCUCCCUCUCCUCUGCACCCCACCCUAUCCGCUGCCUCCCACUCCGACAUCCACCUCUCCCCCUCCCCGGCAGGUUCAAGGACGCGUCGAGGUUUGCGUGGCCGUCGGCCACCGCCCUCCUCGUCGACCAUGUCUUCGUCAACGCCUACUCCCUGCCACACACCGGAACGGACCUUCCGCGCUUCUCGCGCCCCACCACGUACGAUAUGAUCAUAGAUUCAGAGAUUAGAAGAAUGGUGUUUGAAUUGGAUGCACAUUCCGGGCAGUGCAUAUGUGCAGUACAGCUUUCCUGCCAUUGCUAUAAGAAGAUUGUGACGUACAUCAUUUUCUUUCGUUGAGUCGUGUAGUCUAGUUGAAACAUGUGAAUGGAUCAUGUGAUCCGAUUAAUGUUGAUGCUAAGCGGGGAACAAAUAUGAAUGAUUUUCACAAGAUAAGAUAGUAUGCAGGCGUGGUAUUUAUUUGAAGGAUGUGCUGCUGAAACUUCAAUUGCUUUUGACAGUGACGCUUUUGUUCUGUAACUCCGAUAUUGCUGUGUUAGUAAGAUUCGGUGCUAUAAACCUUUUGCGCUAAAAGCAGUUAAAUGUUUCGGUUUUAGCUGAUCAAUGUGUUAGUCACGAAUGUAUUUGAAAUUUUGAAGUAGGAAAACGAAAGAUGGGCAGCCCACAUUCCAAAAAAAAAAAAAAAAAUCCUUUUGAUGAGAUAACUGCUACUGGUUUUUGGUGGGUUUAGUAAACAUUCAACAAACUCAAAGUUUUGUAAGCUCUUGAUGUUGUACAAGAAAACAAAAUCUAAUAUUUUGGUUAGCACUUUCAGAUGGUACAAAUGCGACACAGUAAUCUUCAUUUUAUCACCCUUCUUCAGUUGAAAAUUCGAACUGAAACUCUAUCUAUGUUUCAUUUUGAUGGAGUGCAUGUUUAGCGUGACUCCCUUCUUUACCCAAGUUGAUGAACUUGCACAUCAAGAUUUUUUUUAAAAAAAAUAUUAAGGUAGAGAAUAUCAACUACCUUGUGAUAUACAAUUUUCAAACGCAGUUUGUUAGUCAUAUAUCUUCUUUACCAAUCAGAAGUUACUUGGAAAUUUGACUUGUAGAUCAUGUAGAUGACACGCAGAGAUUCAUACAUAUGGGAAUGGACGUUAAACAAAUUCAUUUUCUUCCAAUUAGUCUGUGCAACAUAUUAUUUUCACAUCAAAGGAAUAGAUUAUUGCCUUCUGGUGCUUGCUGUGCUGCAAGCAUCUAAUGGUUAAUUAGGGGCAACUUGGAAGACUGAAGAAAGGGAAUGAUUUGGCUGUUUAUCAGGGUAAUUUGCUACGGUAUUUUCUUAGGCUACAAGCAUAUAAUGAAAACAUUUAAGAUUUGCUCUACCUAUACAUGCGCAACAUGCAAGCAUUUUAAAAGAAACAGCACAUCACAAAAUGUACAUGUAAAAUGUUUUACCGACUACUUGCUGAAAAUGGAGGCUAACAACGACUAAGCGAGACAAAUUCAUGGCUUACAAUUUAAUUCAGCAUUGUAACCUUCAAGUAAAAAUCCCCCAGUGGAGAAAGGAUAUACUCCAGUUGUUUUGCACGUCUUGAAACUAAACCAUAUGAUCAUGAAUCUGGUUCGUGUUCAAUAGCGUGAAAAAUUCAGUCAGCAAGUUAGCUGCUGCAUGUUGCUGGAAUUGUAGGCAUGGUUGUCAAAUAUAUGAAGAAAUCUAAUAAAGGAAAGGGCAAUCCCCAUUAGGGACUGCAAAUAAGGAAUGUUUGCAUUCUCUGGACAUCUUGACAACAACCAAUCAAUUUUGAUGUCUAAUGCGCAGUAGGUCAUUUAGGUACGGCAUUUGUGCCAGUAGUUAUACCAGGAUACAUAAACUGAAGGACUAGAAGCCAUAUGUAGCCAUCAUCAUCAUAUGUGAAGCAAAUCUGACAAACUGACCUGACCUAUGAAUAAACGAGAAUCUAAUGAUGAAUGCCCUAUCUGCCUUCCACCUAGCAGUAGCGUAAUCCAAGAUGAAGAAAGUUGUUAGGUUGCAAUUCCAUGGCAGUCCAAUUUCAAUUCCAAUACCUGUGCAGAAAGUGAUUUCUCUGAGGUACACAUUUGGAACUUAAUGGAUUACUUUUCGGAUACAACAAGUAAUCUUUUUCUAGCUAGAACGGUAGCUGAGAACGGUAGCUGGCUGCUCGUUUCAGGAAGGAAGAGAAUAGCAGCCGCCGGAUGACUGGAAGCUACCCUUUGCACUAUAAAUCUGGGAAGCAACAGACUGUUAACCCCCCCCCCCCCCAAGACCAGCAGUUUCAUGCUAAAGCUUCAGCUAGAACAUCAUGGCAUCGUCGCAUGCCUGCUCUCCUUUCCUGCUCUUGCUACUCCUAUCAUGUUGUUGCAGUGCGGCAUCGCCUGGCGGCCAGCCCGUCGACCCUACCUGUCCUCCGACGCGGCCAGCGGCGAUGGCUCUGUCCUCCAACUACGGUGAAGCUCAGUGCCAACCGCCGGCUCCGCACAUUCCGGUUCCUGUGUUCCCCUACGACGUUGACCCGGUGCAGUUUGCGCUGAACCUGGAGUACACCGAGGCCGAGUUCUUCCUGCACGCGGCGUUCGCCGUGGGGCUCGACCAGAUCGAGCCGAAGAUGGCGCUGGGCGGACCGCCGCCGGUGGGCGCCAGGAAGGCCAACCUCGACGAGGUGACGUGGCGCGUCAUUGCGGAGUUUGGCCUCCAGGAAGUUGGGCACAUCAGGGCCAUCCAGAGGACAGUUGGCGGGAUUCCUCGGCCGUUGAUAGACCUCAGUGCCCACAACUUCGCAAGGGUGAUGGACGAGGCGUUUGGGUACCAUCUGAACCCUCCCUUCGACCCCUACAUCGACAGCCUCAGCUUCCUGCUGGCCUCCUACGUGAUCCCCUACCUGGGCAUCAACGGCUACGUCGGCACCAACCCCAUCAUCGACGGCUACGAGACCAAGCGGCUUGUCGCAGGGCUGCUGGGCGUGGAAGCGGCCCAGGACGCGGUGUUCCGCGGGCUCCUCUUCGAGCGUCUCGGCGAGCGCGUGCCGCCGUACGGGAACAUCACGGUGGCCGAGUUCACGGACCGCGUGUCGGCGCUGCGCAACCGGCUGGGGCAGUGCGGGGUGAAGGAUGAGGGGCUCACCGUGCCCCGGGAGCUCGGCGCCGAGAGCGCCAUCUGCACCAACGUGCUCUCCGCCAACAAGGACUCGCUCUCCUACGCCCGGACGCCGGCCGAGCUGCUCAGGAUCCUGUACCUCACCGGCGACGAGCAUGUGCCCGGCGGGUUCUACCCCGAGGGCGCCAACGGGAGGAUCGCCCGGUCGUUUCUUGGCAAACAGCAUGGUGCUGACGAGAAGCCUGAAAACUAGCGAGCUGCAAAGGCCUUGUGGUGGCUUCAUGGUAUCGACGAUGUAAUAUACUGAUAUAUGUUUAUAGGAGUGAUGUAUUGGAGCUCAAUUGCCCUGCUUACGUUUGCAUGCUCAGCGCUUGGAAUAAAAUGCAGGAAUAAAGUCUGAAUGCUGGAGCCGUAGUAUAUCUGAAUUCGUAACAUCUACCGAUUACUUGUAGUGCAUUAUUCUCUAUGGAAUAUACUGUUCAAUUGU